AUGUGUCUUCAGACUGGACAACUAAACGAGUACACCGAAAGGAAGAAGAUGCCUUCGGAGGUAAUCUGCAUGGGAAUAGGAGCCGUUCCCGCUGGCGAAGUGCGUGCCCUCUUUCUCGCGGUGGGCCUCCAAGACAACACUGUACGAAUAUUGUCCCUCGACAACAAUGACUGCUUAUCGCCGAGAAGUAUGCAGGCACUGCCAGCCGCCGCGGAAAGUCUCUGUAUCGUUGAAAUGGGGAUGAAGGAUUCGGAUAAUUCGGAGGAUGCUGGGGCGCCCCAGCAGUCGAGUCUCUAUCUGAACAUUGGUCUGCAGAACGGUGUAUUGCUGCGAACCGUUUUGGAUCAGAUAUCGGGUGAUUUGGCCGACACGCGAACCCGAUAUCUAGGUUCUCGACCCGUCAAACUCUUUCGUAUUAAAAUGCAGGGCAGUCAGGCCGUGCUUGCAAUGAGCAGUCGUUCCUGGCUGAGUUAUUACUAUCAGAAUCGCUUCCACUUGACGCCACUCUCCUACGAGAGUCUGGAAUUUGCCUCAGGCUUCAGUUCCGAGCAGUGUCCCGAGGGCAUUGUCGCCAUCUCGACCAAUACUCUGAGAAUUUUGGCUCUCGAGAAAUUGGGCGCUGUCUUCAAUCAGGUGAGCUUUCCUCUUGAGUACACACCGCGAAAGUUUGUCAUUCACAAUGACUCGGCGCAUUUGCUCGUUCUCGAGACGGAGCACAAUGCUUACACGGAGGAGACGAAACAUCAGAGGCGGCUGCAAAUGGCGGAGGAGAUGCAGGAGGCUGCUGGUGCGGAAGAGGCGGCUGUUGCUCGAGAACUUGCCGAAGCUUUUCUCUCUGAGGAGUCGAACGAGGCGGUUUUUGGCGCGCCGCGAGCAGGCCCGGGUCUCUGGGCUUCGCUGAUUCGCAUCAUUGCACCGACCACAGGCGAGACAUUUGAGACUUAUCGGCUGAAACAGAAUUUGGCGGCGUUGAGUUUGGCGAUGGUGAAAUUUGGGAAUCAGGGCGAUCAGCAGUUUCUGAUUGUCGGAGUUGCCAAGGAUUAUCAGCUCAAUCCUCGAAUCAGCAAUGGUGGAUAUCUUCACACGUACAAAAUCAGUCCGGAUGGCAAAAAACUGGAUCUCGUGCAUGAGACAGUUGUGGACGAGAUUCCACUCGCUAUUUGUCCCUACCAAGGCCGAAUUUUGGUUGGCGUUGGUCGAAUGUUGCGUCUCUAUGACAUGGGGAAGAAAAAAUUGUUGCGAAAGUGUGAAAACAAGCACAUUCCAAACGCGAUUGUUAGCAUAAAUGCUGUUGGUCAUCGGAUAUACGUGAGUGAUGUUCAGGAAUCUGUUUACGCUGUGAGAUACAAGAGACAAGAAAAUCAGCUGAUUGUGUUUGCGGAUGACACUCAUCCACGCUGGAUCACAACGACCUGUGUUCUGGAUUACGAUACCGUUGCGACUGCCGAUAAAUUUGGAAAUAUUGCUGUCAUAAGACUGGCGAGUGGCAUAAACGACGACGUGGAUGAGGAUCCAACUGGAAACAAGGCGUUGUGGGAUCGGGGACUGCUGAAUGGUGCAAGUCAAAAAGCGGACACGGUGGCCAGUUUCCAUGUCGGGGAAAUCGUAAUGUCCCUGCAGAAAGCGACUCUGAUUCCUGGUGGAUCGGAGAGUUUGGUCUACACAACCUUGAGUGGAACAGUCGGAGUUCUCGUGCCAUUCACCAGUCACGAGGAUCACGAAUUCUUCCAGACGCUGGAGAUGCACAUGCGCUCGGAGCAUCCGCCACUUUGCGGCCGGGACCAUCUCUCCUUCCGGUCGUAUCACUACCCGGUCAAGAAUGUCAUUGACGGCGAUCUCUGCGAACAAUUUAACUCGAUCGAGGCCGUAACCCAGAAGAGCAUUGCUCGCGAUUUGGACAAAACUUCGUCGGAAGUUUCAAAAAGGCUGGAAGACGUGCGCACCCGCUACGCCUUUUAAGGAUCGCACAGUGGUAUUCUUUGUUAGUUAAUACUGACAUGUAGGAGAACAAAAUUUUAGGACCUGAAGCCAUUCGAAAAAGAAAAUCGUUAUACUUACGAUUGAGAAAAUUGGAAAAGCGACGUGUAAGUGUGCAGUAUUUCGUAUCUUCUGAUAAUUUUUGUCUUUGUAAAUAAGUUUCUUAAUUUAAAUAAUUGUAUUCACUGGUAUCGAGUACUAAAGUUUCCAGUAGAGAUGUUUUUUUUUAUUGUAUCGUGAAGUGAUACAGUGAAUUUUGAAAGCAUGUAAUUUUGAAUGAUUGUCGACUAGAAAUUAGGAAUCUUGUAUUUAUUGCUAAGACGCGAACAAGGAAUAAAUUCGAAACUUUUUAAGAUUGCA